AUGGCAGACAAUGGCCUCAUUGACAAAGUUCAUGACCUGAGCGAUCUCGAGCUUGCCGUCCUACUAUGCCUUAUCAGCCGCGAGCACUGUCUGAUAAGCACUCCAGCCAGUGCGAUUGACAGCUUGAUGCUAGAGCUUCAACUGAUUGCCACCAAAACAUUUGGCCUCGAAUGGGCCGUCAUUGACUGCUCCCCCUCCACCACCCUAGAGGACCUUGCCUCGUCCCUCCUCUCGACCUCUUCGCCGCCUCCCGACCACCAUGGCACCUCCAAGCCUUCCGGCUCUUACUUCACCUCUCAUGCACGAACCGGCAAGAUCCCGUCUGCAGGCCCGGCCCUGGCUACCACCCCCGGCGGCGGCACCGCCAACCCGCACAUUGCCAACUUUGUCCUCGCCCGCAACCUCGACCGCGCCCCGCACGCCGUCCAGAUCCAGGUCCUCGAGCUCCUGCGCACACGCCGCCUCUUCACCCGCACCACCGUGCAGGUCGCGCCCAAACAGUUCGUCUUGAUACCCGUCCUCGAGGCCCCAAGCGGCGGCCGCGCCCGCGUCACGCCGCACCUCAACGACUUCCUAGCCAUGGCGCACUGGCACGACCCCGAGCACGGCUUCGUCAACCUCGAGGAGGAGCAGCAGCAAGACGACGCAUCUCCAGACGAUGACUCCGCCUCGACGGGGAGCAUUAUCAAGAGGGCGCGUGCGCAGCGGCCUUCGCCAGCUCCCGCUCUCAUCUCCAAAGACGACAUCAUUUGUCUCCGAGAAAAGGGCCAAAAGGUCAAGGUCGACGUUGACAUUUUGCGGUACCAGAUGAACAUUGUUUCGUUUCUACGCAUGCACCGCGCCGUCGAUCAGGGCAUCACGCCCGCCGCUACCAAGCACUUUGGCCAGCUCAUGCGUAAUCUUGCGCCCUUGCACAGGCUCGACUUUGUCACGCCUGCACUCGUCGGCCUCGCGGCUCGCAAGGUCUAUCUACAUCGCAUCCGCAUCACCGAGCCGCACAAGGAGAGGAGCAUGCAGUGGGGGAGCAGGCUCGAGGCGGUCGAGGCUCUCUUACAGGAUAUAGGCCCGGAAGAGGUCCUCGACGAGGUCAUGACCAUGGUGACAGCACCUGUAUAA